AUGGCCUUGAGUGUCAGCAAAAAUGGAACGCAGGUGUAUGGGAAGGACCUGCUGUCUCUCCACCACCACCACCAGUCCUCCAGGUGUGCACAUCACCUUCACGAGGAAGGCAUCGCGAAAGAUGGAGCCGUUGAUUCGUUUUGGUCCAGGCCUGAAUCUCGAAUAUGGACCAUGAUGCUUCUGCUCGGAACCUGCUUGCUUUACUGUUCAAGGGUCACAAUGCCCAUCUGCGUGGUAGCCAUGAGUGCUCACUUUGACUGGGAUAAGAAACAGUCUGGCAUUGUCCUGAGCAGCUUUUUCUGGGGCUACUGUUUAACCCAGAUCGUUGGAGGCCACCUGAGUGAUCGGAUAGGAGGAGAGAAGGUCCUCCUCCUCUCUGCAUCAGCCUGGGGACUUAUCACAGCCAUCACACCUCUGCUUGUCUAUGUUGGCUCUGCCCACUUGGUUCUUAUGACCAUCUCUCGGUUCUUCAUGGGGGUGUUGCAAGGUGUUCACUUCCCUGCCUUGGCCAGCUUGUUUUCCCAGAAGGUGCGGGAGAGUGAAAGAGCGUUCACAUAUAGUACCGUAGGGACAGGAUCUCAGUUUGGGACGCUCGUGAUGGGUGCAGCAGGGUCCCUCCUCCUGGACUGGUAUGGAUGGGAAAGUGUCUUCUACUUCUCCGGGGUGCUCACGUUGCUUUGGGUUUACUGCAUGUGCAAAUAUCUCCUGAAUGAAAAAGAAAUCACCAUCCCGUUAGAAGACUUGGCAAAAGGUUUCUCCUUGUCCAGGCAGACCAAAGUUCCCUGGAAACAGUUAUUUCGAAAGGCCCCUGUGUGGGCGGUGAUAACAUCUCAGCUGUCUGCGGCCAGCACCUUCUUCACUCUGCUCUCCUGGCUACCAACUUUCUUCAAGGAAACGUUCCCCAAUUCAAAAGGGUGGGUAUUCAAUGUUGUUCCUUGGCUGGUAGCCAUUCCAAUGAGUUUGUUCAGUGGAUUCCUUUCAGAUCAACUCAUCAAUCAAGGGUACAAAACAAUCACUGUCCGUAAAUUUAUGCAGGUUGUUGGCAUGGGCAUAUCCAGUAUUUUCGCCUUGUGCAUAGGUCACACCUCUAGUUUUUGCAGAGCGGUCAUGUUUGCAUCUGGCUGCAUUGGACUUCAGACCUUCAACCACAGUGGCAUCUCGGUCAAUAUUCAGGAUCUGGCUCCUUCGUGUGCUGGUUUAUUGUUUGGUGUGGCAAAUACUGGUGGAGCCUUAUUAGGUGUUGUCUGUGUGUACUUAGCCGGACAUUUGAUUGAAAGCACCGGGUCGUGGAUAUCUGUUUUCAAUCUGGUGGCAGCCGUGAAUGCCCUUGGGCUUUGUACAUUUCUGAUCUUUGGCAAAGCUGAAAGAGUGGACACAGACUCUGCCUAUGUGGAUUUAUAAGAUCAUCUGUGGACUGGAUUAGGCAAAAUAUGCCAGGAAGGUGUCGGAAUGGAAAUGCCAGGAAAGAGAAUUUACGCUGAACACUGAUAAUUUAUUGGCCACACAAUGAAGGAAAUCCACACAUUAACAAAUUGGCUCAGAGGUUAUGCAGUGACCUACUGAUCUUUUAACUCCCUUUUAUUGGUGCGCCUUUUGACCCAGUUUUCUGCUGAGCUGAGAAAUGGUAACAUUGCCAGGUUAGCAGGGCUGUAGGCUAGAUGCAGUUAAUUUCCUACUGGAAUGCCACUGUUUCUAUUACAAACAAAUGCCAAAGAAGUCCAGCCCUGUAGGGUUGUUGCUAAUUGGUACCUUAGUUAGCAGCACCAAUAGCAUGAAGCCCAUGGGCUGGACAGUCCAUUAAAAGAGAACGGGCUUCCUGCAGCCUCCCUGGUGGUCUUCCAAGUUGCUGCUGUAGCAUGGGAAAACUGGAGGGUUUCUGUACGGAUAAUGUGUACAUUCUGUUUUGGAGGUCCUUUAAGCUGUCAUUGUGAAUUGCAAUCAAGGCAAAAUACUCAAGCCCAAUUUGGGUUUUUAGCUGUAACUCUGAGCCUUUUCAGAUUAUGUGAGUUU